AAUCAGCAUGAACAGCAGCUGCUGAAACCAUCUGCCUUCCAUGUACUUGUGCUUACAGUGCUACCAUGUCAAGGCGUCACCGGUCCGCGACAACAGUCGGAGUCGCGCCACUACGCAAUUGCCCAUGCUGCACUCUUAUCGCCAGCUGGGGAGACAGAAGGAGCGAGAACCGACAGCCGUUCCCCUGUACCUACUCCUCGCGUAGUCUCGCUCUCGCCUGACUACGAUCCCUUUGCUCAUGGACGGACCGGAGCCAGACCAGAGUCACCGGCCAGACGAGGUCCGUCCAACCGUUCAAGCAGGAAUCAUCGUGUGGACUCGACCGACGUAUAAAAUUUCUAGAGAGGCCGCGCGCGCACCACAAGUCCUCCGGCUUCCCCGGCCCAAGCGCAACGAAAGCGCGCAUUUAUUCUGUAUAAUCUCCCCUCCACCACCUUUCUUCCUCACUGCCUAGACUAGACGGACAAGGACUCGGAAAAGGCAUCGGGCGAUCGCCCCUGCUCUGCUCCCAAGCAGCCCCAGGGUCCAGCCAUCGAAGCCAGCGACGCACCGCAAGCAAGAAGGCGCGCAGUUCCGCCGUCUCAUCAUCAGCCAUGCACCUUCGCCGCUCCCGCGUCGUCGCUGAGGUUGUUCUCGCCGCCACCAUCGUCAUCAUCGGGCUAGUCGCGGCGGGCGUCGUCGAGGCGGCCACGGGCACGUUCAUCUACGCCGGCUGCUCGCCGUCCAAGUACCAGCCGGGCACCGCCUUCGAGGGCAACCUGGACUCGCUCCUCGCCUCCAUGGCCAGCGCGGCGCCCCACGCCGGGUACAGCAGCUUCACGGCGGGCGCCAACAACGGCACGGCGGGCACGGCCGCGUACGGGCUGUACCAGUGCCGCGGCGACCUGGGCGGCGGCGCCGACUGCGCGGCGUGCGUGCGGGACGCGCUGGCGCAGCUGAGCCAGGUGUGCGCGGCGGCGUACGCGGCGUCGCUGCAGCUGGAAGGGUGCUACGUGCGGUACGACAGCACCAACUUCCUGGGCACGCCCGACGCCGCCAUGGUGUACCGCAAGUGCAGCACCAGCAGCAGCAGCGACGGCGGGUUCCUCAGCAACCGCGACGCCGUGCUCGGGGACCUGCAGCAGGUGCAGGUGCAGGGCGCCAACGCCAGCGGGUACAAGGUGAGCACCGCCGGCAGCGUGCAGGGCGUGGCGCAGUGCCUGGGCGACCUCGCGGCCGCCGACUGCACGGCGUGCCUGGCGCAGGCGGUCGGCCAGCUCAAGGGCACCUGCGGCACCGCGCUGGCCGCCGACGUGUACCUGGCCCAGUGCUACGUCAGGUACUGGGCCAGCGGCUACUACUUCCGCCCGACACAUGAUUAUUCGCAGGAUGAUGUCGGGAGGACAGUGGCCAUAAUCGUCGGCAUCUUGGCAGGACUGGCGCUCUUCGUGGUGUUCAUCUCGUUCCUCAGGAAAACAUGCUAGCUUGGCCACUGGAACGAAACGGGCUUCCACUCUCAGACGCGUACGGCAUGAGAACAUAGGGAAGGGCUCGGAAAGGAGAUUGGUCUACUAGCAUAUGGCCUGCAAAAUGCUUCGUAAAGCACAUGUAAUGUAAUCUCAUUUUGUUAGCAAUAGAUAUGGGCUAUCAGAGGAGCACUACCUUGAUUUGGGUCA